AUGGAUUUUCAGUCGCUUGUCAACCAGGCGCGAGCUGGCAGCGCGGGCUCGCCGAGCGGGGAUGUCCCCCAGCAAGACAAUGCAGAGACUGUGUAUAUAAGCAGUUUAGCACUGCUCAAGAUGCUCAAGCAUGGGCGAGCGGGCGUGCCUAUGGAAGUCAUGGGCCUGCUCCUCGGCACGAUUGUCGACGACUAUACCGUCUCGGUCGUGGAUGUGUUUGCGAUGCCGCAGUCCGGUACGGGUGUCAGUGUUGAGGCGGUGGAUCCGGUGUUCCAGACACGCAUGCUAGACAUGCUGAAACAGACGGGGCGCAACGAAGUGGUCGUCGGAUGGUACCACUCGCACCCUGGCUUUGGCUGUUGGCUCUCGAGCGUCGAUAUCAAUACGCAGCAGUCGUUUGAGCAGCUCAAUCCGCGCGCCGUUGCCGUUGUCGUGGACCCGAUCCAGUCUGUAAAGGGCAAGGUCGUGAUUGACGCUUUCCGCCUCAUCAACCCCUCCACGGUCAUGCUCGGGCAAGAGCCGCGGCAAACCACGUCGAACAUUGGCCACCUGAACAAGCCCUCGAUCCAGUCUUUGAUCCACGGGCUCAACAGGCACUACUACUCGAUCGCGAUUGGGUACCGCAAAACGGAGCUGGAGCAGAGCAUGCUCGGCAACCUGCACAAGCGCAACUGGACCCAGGGCCUGCGCCUCGAAGACUUUGACGAGCACAAGCACCAGAACCAAGAGUCUGUGAAGCGCAUGCUGCGGCUCGCUGAAGAGUACCAAAAGUCCGUCAAGGACGAGGAGAAUGUAUCGCAGGAACAGAGCAAGACGCAGUUUGUGGGGCGGCAGGACCCCAAGCGGCACCUCGAGGACGAGGUGGAAACGUCGAUGGGCAGCCAGGUCGUACAGAGUUUGGGCACCAUGAUUCUUGCGGAGCUCUAG